UUAGAUUCGGUUAUGUUCGGGAGUUGCAGAACAACUACAUUAGACUAGUUUUGCAUCAUGGCGGCUGGAGUGUUAAGAACGGUCUUACGAAAAUCUUUAAGAUCUUUUAACGAUUCAACAUUUCUUGUGCGAAAUGGAGCUCAAGUAUAUCAUGCUACACAACAUCGAUGUGCUCACAAAUGGGUGCCAGAUCCAGAGUAUUUCUCAAAAACAGAUGCUCCAAAGGCUAUACCGAUUGAUCCUGUAAAUUGGCCAUAUCCAGAUGGAUAUCCUGAUUUGGUUGAACAGCCAAGUGCACAAGUAAAAAAUGUACAAAUUAAUUUUGGACCUCAACAUCCUGCUGCUCAUGGAGUAUUACGUUUGAUAUUAGAAUUGGAAGGUGAAGAGAUCCUUAGAGCCGAUCCACAUAUUGGUCUUUUGCAUCGUGCUACAGAAAAGCUUAUAGAAUAUAAAACCUACAUGCAAGCUUUACCUUACUUUGAUCGCUUGGAUUAUGUUUCCAUGAUGUGUAACGAACAAUGUUUCUCUUUAGCAAUUGAGAAACUAUUAAAUAUAGAUGUACCUAUACGUGCUAAAUAUAUUCGAGUAUUAUUUGCGGAACUUACUCGUAUUUUAAAUCAUAUUAUGGGAAUCGGAACCCACGCACUGGAUGUUGGUGCUAUGACUCCAUUCUUUUGGUUAUUUGAAGAACGAGAAAAAUUAAUGGAAUUUUAUGAACGAGUUAGUGGAGCUCGUAUGCAUGCCGCUUAUAUACGACCUGGUGGAGUAUCUUUGGAUCUUCCAUUAGGUUUAUUAGAUGAUAUUCAUGAAUGGGCUUCACAAUAUGGAGAAAGACUCGAUGAAGUUGAAGACAUGUUGACAGAUAACAGAAUAUGGAUACAGCGUACUAAGGAUAUUGGUGUAGUUUCAGCGCACGAUGCAUUAAAUAUGGGCUUCAGUGGAGUAAUGUUAAGAGGAUCUGGAAUUAAAUGGGAUUUAAGAAAAGUAGCACCAUAUGAUGCAUACGAUUUAAUAGAUUUUGAUGUUCCUAUUGGCAUUAAUGGGGAUUGUUACGACAGGUAUCUGCUACGUGUUGAAGAAAUGCGUCAAUCUCUUAAAAUAAUCGAGCAAUGUUUAAAUAAGAUGCCAGCAGGUGAAGUGAGAUGCGACGAUGCAAAAAUUGUUCCACCUCGUCGAGAAGAAAUGAAAACUAGUAUGGAGGCUCUAAUUCAUCAUUUUAAAUUAUUCACGCAAGGCUUCCAGGUACCACCCGGUGCUACAUAUACAGCUAUUGAAGCACCCAAGGGUGAAUUUGGAGUUUAUCUUGUCAGCGAUGGUAGUAGUAAACCAUACAGGUGUAAAAUCAAGGCUCCUGGAUUUGCACACUUAGCUUCUUUGAAACAUAUUGGACCAGGUCAUUUGCUUGCUGAUAUUGUUGCUAUUAUUGGUACUUUGGAUGUAGUAUUUGGUGAAAUCGAUAGAUAAAAUGUUGAUCAUUUAGUAGUAGGUAGGUAACUAAACAUAUUAUAAUUACUGUGUUAAUGAGAAAGCUCAUUAAUCAUGUGGUAAUAAUAAAUAAAGAGUAUUUAACCACGUGUAAAGACAAACAUAAGUGAUAAA